AUGGCGCCUCUCCCCCACUAUCACGGACAGCUUCCGUCACUACAGCUCAACAAACAACGUCACUCUCUUCUGACACGCUCAACCAUUGUCCGCCGCUCAGAAAUCUCCGGCGUUAUCAUUGGCGUUGUGUUUGGUGCUGCUGUCCUGCUCGCCAUGCUCGGCUUCAUCAUUCACCUGCUCACCUACAGACCCUCACCCCCCAAGAAGACCAAGAAGCACAGAAAGGGUGGAAAAGGCGGAAAAAAGAAGCCCAAGAAUCCCAAGAGUAAGGAAAGCUCGGAGGACCUCGAGGAGAACGAGACUCCCUAUGGGUUCCCGUUCUACGGUUGGGCUGGGUUACCGUACCCGCCUGAUGCGGGGGAACCUUGGCCUCCUGGUCGUGUAUACAACGGGGGAGGGAAUGAAAUGGACGCGCCGCAGAUGGAAUACUCCGAUGAUGAGCGUGAGUACGGCUUCGAUAGACCAUCGACGAAAUAUGCGCAGCCAGAUAUCAUAAGCAUCCGGUCCAACUCGUAG